AUGAUGAAAAGCAUACAGCAAUAAUCAUCAAACAUAUUGACUAUUUGUCACAAUUUAAAAUGAUCAGCGCAUGAAUGAGUCAUAGAAAAAGUUGACAUGGUUUUCUAAAAUGUAUGUCAGAUUAUACAAGGUGUCCUGUGGGAGGACAAUGAUUAGGUUAGGUUUGCUUACAUACAGAAAUGUCAAAACUACACACAAUCCACAGUGGCAGUAUUGUAUAUUGGGAUAUUUUUGUGAAAACAAUGCCACCAUUUGAGUCUAUGCAACCCAAUUUCAAUGAAAAACAUUGACCUGCGAAAUUUCCUGAUUUUCGUUGACUCGGUUAUAAAAGCCCAACAAUUUCUGAAGGUCUACAGUCCUGUGUAUCCUGGUCAAAAGAAAUAAUGAUGACCUUAACGAUGAAUAAUAUAUUUGGAAUGAUGGCCGUUUUCAUCUGUUUACUUACAGAAUCAAGUUCAGUGGGAUUUGAUUGGAUGACUGAGAUAUGUAGGUCAGGGUUGUGUUUUAAUGGUAAAUCCGAGUGUCUUCAUUCCUGUAACCGGAUUUGUGGGGGAAAUAAAGGACAAGGGAACUGUAACUUUCAAGGUUUCUGGACACGUGCUUACAUUUGCUGGUGUAGUUAUGAUCAGUCAGGAACAACAACGCACGUGAGCAGCAAAACCACACUUUUACCUGUCCUGAUGUCGUCAAGUCAGAGGACUACCGUCACCGAAGCGGGGGAUUGUGGGACAACGGAUUGUUUCCGUGUAAGAGACAUGUGCGACAGUGCUUGUCUCACUCGUUGCCGUCCUCAGCUGUACUCCUGUGGUUUGAGGUGGCACGGUCGCUAUAAAUGUCAGUGUAUUCAGGAAGUUGCCGUGCAGCUUUUAUAGACUACACACAAGAAGACGGCCAUAUUUGAUACCACUUUUCUCUGUAGCCGAUGUACUGGACAUAUAAAUAUUAUUAUAUUAUAUAAUUUUGUCUUCGAUAUCUUAAAAUAAAUACUAAUUUUCAAAA